GGGGAAUUAAUUGAUGAAGGUGUCUCCGGACGAGCUCACUUCACUCUGUCAUUUUAUUUGUAGCUAAAGCAGCGGCGGGAAUAGCAGCUGCAUUUCUUUUCUCUUUCUCCCUUCACAUUCCAUUAUCAUAGUGCUCCAAUGGAGAAGGAAGGAAUAGAGGGGCCCAGGUACUGAUCUGCAUCGGGGACUUAGACCAACACACUCGCAGAUCAGAAACCGGAUGGUUUUUUCCCUCUUUUUAAAAAAAUACGAAAACCAAAAAAAAAAGCAAGAAUCAAGUCAGUGUAAUUUCAUGUUGUUUUUUGUUUUUUGUUUUUUGUUUUUUUUUCCAAUAAUUUCGCCUAGAGUUUGGCACUCCCUUCGCCGGGAAUAACAGUCUUUGUUAUUUUAUUAGCAGGAUGCCUUGAGACACAUGCAGCAUCUGGUGGAGGAUUAACAUACAUACAUGUGUAUGUAUGCGUCACGUAUAUAUUUACUGCAAAUGGUGGGGAUCAUUUAGUGCCCGAGAUGGGAGACCUGAAGUCAGGUUUUGAAGAGGUGGAUGGCGUGAGGCUCGGCUACCUCAUCAUUAAAGGAAAGCAAAUGUUUGCCCUCUCCCAAGUCUUCACGGAUCUGCUGAAAAACAUCCCGAGGACGACCGUGCACAAGCGCAUGGAUCAUUUGAAAGUGAAAAAGCACCACUGCGAUCUGGAGGAGUUGCGGAAACUCAAGGCAAUCAACAGCAUCGCCUUCCACGCCGCCAAAUGCACGCUCAUCUCUCGGGAAGACGUGGAAGCGCUGUACACCUCCUGCAAAACCGAGCGCGUCCUCAAGACCAAGCGCAGGAGAGUCGGCCGGGCCCUGGCCACAAAGGCGCCGCCGCCAGAGCGCGCCGCCGCCGCCGCCGCCAGCCCCCGCCCGGGUUUUUGGAAGGACAAGCACCAACUUUGGCGGGGCCUGAGCGGAGCCGCGCGGCCCCUGCCAAUCAGCGCGCAGUCCCCGCGCCCGGGCGCCGCCGCCGCACGCCCCGCCGCCCAUCUACCUCAGAUUUUUAGCAAAUACCCGGGCUCGCACUACCCGGAAAUCGUGCGCUCGCCUUGCAAACCCCCUCUAAACUAUGAAACUGCCCCGCUCCAGGGAAACUACGUUGCUUUCCACUCGGACCCCGCUUAUUUUCGGAGCCUGCUGUGCAGCAAGCAUCCGGCCGCCGCCGCCGCCGCCGCCGCUGCCGCCGCCGCCGCCGCCGCCGCCGCCGCCUACUACCAGGCGUCGGCGGCCGGGCCCCAGCCCAAGGCGGCGGCGGGCGCGGGCGGUCCGGUGAGCCUGACCUACCGGUGCAAGCGCAAGCGCGGGGGCGCCAAGGACUGCCUGCUCGCGCCCCACGCCGGCGCCCGCCGCCUGCUGCUGCUGCCCAGGUCCUACAAAGCCAAGGCGGCGGCGGCGGCGGCGGCAGCGGCGGCGGCGGCGGCCGCCGGGGCCACUUGCCUGGAGAGGUUUCAUCUGGUCAACGGCUUCUGCGCGCCUCCCCACCACCACCACCACCACCACCACCACCACCACCACCAUCACCACCGGGCCCAGCAGCCGCAGCCGAACCACCCCCCCCCACAUCACCACCGGCCUCAUCCCCAUCUCGGCGGCUUUCCCGAGAGUUGUAGCAGCGACUCGGAGUCCAGCUCCUACUCGGACCAUGCAGCCAACGACUCAGAUUUUGGCUCCAGUCUGUCCAGCUCCAGCAACUCUGUGUCCUCGGAGGAAGAGGAGGAGGAGGGAGAAGAGGAGGAGGAGGAGGAGGAAGAGGAGGAGGAGGAGGAGGAGGAGGGGGGCAGUGGGGCCUCGGAUUCCAGCGAAGUCAGCUCGGAGGAGGAGGACUCAUCCACGGAGUCGGACUCCAGCUCCGGCUCCAGCCAAGUGUCAGUGCAGAGCAUCCGUUUCAGACGCACCAGCUUCUGCAAGCCUCCCAGUGUGCAGGCUCAGGCCAACUUCUUGUACCAUCUGGCCUCCGCCGCCGCUGCAACCAAACCCGCUGCUUUCGAGGAUGCCGGCAGACUUCCCGACCUCAAGAGUAGUGUCAAAGCGGAGUCGCCGGAGGAGUGGAAUCUGCCGGGCUGGGCCCCCAAAGCGUCUCCGGUGUACUGCCCGGCCAGCCUGGGGAGUUGUUUCGCAGAGAUAAGGAACGAUAGGGUAUCUGAGAUUACAUUCCCACACUCUGAAAUUUCCAGUACUGUAAAGAGAACUGACCUGACAAUUAACUGCCUGGCGGAGGGGGCCUCUUCACCUAGCCCAAAGACAAACAAUGCAUUUCCACAACAAAGAAUACUCCGAGAGGCUAGGAAAUGCCUACAAGCAACUCCUACUACACACUGUGCAGAUAACAACACAAUAGCCGCUAGGUUCUUAAAUAAUGAUUCUUCAGGAGCAGCAGCAAAUUCUGAAAAAGAUUCCAAAAUCCCUCAUUGUGCUGAAUUUGCUACGGAUUUGUCCUCUUCACAAACUGACUCCGAGGUGGAUGCAGCAGCAGGAGCAGCAGCAGCCACCAGAGCUGAGAAUCCCUGCACUAAGACAGGAGACAAAACCUUGCCAUUUCUGCACAAUAUUAAAAUCAAAGUAGAAGACAGUAGUGCUAAUGAAGAAUAUGAACCUGACCUUAUUACAAAUAAGCUUAAGUGUGAGUGCAAUGAUACAAAGGGUGAGUUUUACAGUGUGAUUGAAAGUAAAGAGGAGGACGCCUUGUUAACUACAGCCAAGGAAGAAGGUUUUGCAUGCCCUGAAAAAGAAACUCUUUCCUUAAAUCCACUGGCUCAGAGUCAGGGCCUUUCAUGCACUUUAGGUUCUCCAAAACCUGAGGAUGGGGAAUAUAAAUUUGGUGCCAGGGUGAGAAAGAAUUACCGGACACUAGUACUGGGAAAGCGACCUGUACUUCAGACACCUCCAGUCAAACCAAAUUUGAAAUCAGCUAGAAGUCCUCGUCCUACAGGUAAAACUGAGACACAUGAAGGAACACUGGAUGAUUUUACAGUUAUAAACAGACGCAAAAAGGUAGCCAGCAAUGUAGCAUCAGCAGUGAAAAGGCCAUUUAAUUUCAUGGCAAAUUUUCCUUGUCCACCAUCACUCAUUAUUGGGAAGGAUGGGGAUUUGUGGCCGGCGUAUUCCUUAAACACCACUAAGGAUUCCCAACCUCCUCACAAGGCCCAUCCUAUAUGGAAAUGGCAGCUGGGCGGUUCUGCAAUACCUCUUCCACCUAGUCACAAAUUCAGGAAAUUUAAUUCAUAAAAGUGUUUUUGGAAGAUAUUUUCUUGAACCCUAUUACCUUCCUUUUGUUGUAAACUGCACAGGAUGGUUUGUACGAGUCCAUUAAUGUGUUACACCCCUCUCGGAGCCCUGGUUUAUCGCAUUUUGAAGACAGAAAUCGGAUUACUUUUUUCCCAUUGCGGGGCU